CUCUCAGCUGUCUCCUCCAGAGCUCGGGGACUGUCUGGGACUGCCUUAAGACACCUGCGUCCUCAAACCUUAAAGUUAAGUGCGCGCGUAAAAUACCCGGGUAGCCAAAAGCUAAAGUCGCGUAAACUUUACUGUUUCGUUAAGUUUUAUUAAUGUCAGGCAGCGGCAGCAAGUCAGCGACCACCGGUCCUAAGGAUCAGAAGAGGACCGCUGCUGAGAGGACCAGGGACCCCAUUAGGAGGCUCGGGAUUUUGGACAAUGAGGACAUCCGUGUGAUGAUGCAGGGCUGCAGCAUGGUAAAGGUUCGCUCUCUGAGGUGGCAGAAGAACCGCAGCCUGCAGCUGCUGGAGGACGGACUCACCGUGUGGUGUGAGACCAAAAGCUCCCGCAAAGGCAAAUCCCAGCAGACAUUUGCAGUGAUGGAGGUGGACUGUGUGCGCGAAGGCUGCCAGUCGGACGCCCUGCGGCGGCUGUCCGAGACGGUGCAGGAGGACCAGUGCUUCACGGUGAUCUUCAAGGGAUCCAGAAAGAGCCUGGACCUGAAGUGCCCCACCGCUGAGGAGGCCCAGCGCUGGGUGCGAGGCCUCCGCUUCCUGAAGGACCGCGUCGCCAGCAUGACGCAGAAGGAAAAGCUGGACCAUUGGAUUCAUGGUUACCUGAAGCAUGCAGAUGAAAACCAGGACGGUAAGAUGACCUACGACGAGGUCAAACGGUUGCUGCAGAUGAUCAACAUCGACCUGAACGAGCAACACACACGCUGUUUGUUCAAGCGCUGUGACAAAUCCCGCGACGGCCGCCUGGAUCACAACGAGAUUGAAGAGUUCUGCAAGGAGCUCAUGCGGCGACCCGAGCUGGAGAAAGUGUUCAGACACUACUCCAGCAACGGCUCUGUGCUCUCCAUCGCGGAGCUGCGCGACUUCCUGGGAGACCAGCGAGAGGACGCCUCGCUGAAUCACGCUCAAAAUCUCAUUCUCACCUACGAGUUCAACGACUUGGCUCAGAAGAAGAUGGUGAUGACGCAGAACGGUUUCACCAUGUACAUGCUGUCUAUGGAAAAUGACGUGUUUAACCCCGACCACGCCCAGAUCUACCAGGACAUGACCCGCCCCCUGACCCACUACUUCAUCUCCUCGUCCCACAACACCUACCUCACCAAGGACCAGGUCACCAGCGCCAGCAGCACCGAGCCUUACAUCCGGGCUCUGAAUCAGGGAUGCCGAUGUGUGGAGCUGGACUGCUGGGAUGGAGAUAAAGGUGAGCCUGCCAUUUACCACGGCCACACCUUUACCUCCAAGGUUCCCUUUAAGGAGGUCAUUGAAGCCAUCAACCAGUACGCCUUUAAGGCGUCCCCGUAUCCCCUGAUCCUGUCCUUGGAGAACCACUGUUCAGUGGAGCAGCAGGCUGUCAUGGCCAAACACCUUCGCACCAUUCUGGGCAAGAAACUGCUCACCAAGCCUUUCAGUGACCUGCCGCUCAAUGAGCUGCCUUCCCCUGAAGAGCUCAGGGGGCGCAUCCUUGUGAAGGGGAAGAGACACACUCCUCACCUUGGUCAGCUGGGAAAGAACGGGAGCUUCGCUAGCUUCUCCUCGAGCUGUGAGGACGAUCAAGGAAGCAUAAACAAGAACACACCCAAGAGUGACUCUGCAAAGGUCUGUUCCAAGCUUAGCUCCGAGCUGUCGGAGCUGGUGGUCUACUGCAAGAGCGUCUCCUUCCGUGGGUUUGAAACUGCAUCUAAGCUACAAGCAGAUGAAAUGUCGUCUUUUUCUGAAAACGAGGCGCUCAAGCUCAUCAAAGACUCCGGGAAGCUUUUUGUACGACACAACGUCAGGCAGCUGAGCCGGAUCUACCCCUCGGGCCAGCGCCUCCAAUCAUCCAACUUUGAUCCUCAGGAAAUGUGGAACUGCGGCUGCCACAUGGUGGCUCUAAACUUCCAGACGCCCGGGGAGCAGAUGGACCUCAACCAGGGACGCUUCCUCCCCAACGGUCGCUGUGGAUAUAUUCUGAAGCCCAGCUUUAUGUGCAGCCCGACAUCCAACUUUAACCCCGAGAACACGGGCGGAGGCCCCGGCCACACCCCCACCCAGCUGACCAUAAAAAUCAUAUCUGCUCAACAACUACCCAAAAUAAACACAGAGAAAGCCACGUCCAUUGUGGACCCACAGGUGGUGGUAGAAAUCCAUGGAGUGGCCAUAGAUAGAGCGAAGAAUAAAACGCCCCGCAUUGACAACAACGGUUUCAACCCAAGAUGGGACUGCACUCUGAGCUUCCAGCUGCAGGUCCCUGAGCUGGCUCUAGUGCGAUUUGUUGUGGAAGAUCAUGACCAUGCAGCCAAAAAUGACUUUGUGGGGCAGUUCACGUUGCCCUUCACGAGCCUCCGUACAGGAUAUCGACAUGUUCACCUACUGAAGGCAGACGGCUCCAGCUUGUCCCCAGCCUCACUCUUCAUCCAUGUAAAAGUGAGCAACCUAGGAGUUCCUGUCAAGAGUGUGGCGGAGCGUAUGGCCAUGGCGAAAGGAAAAAAGUGAAAUGUGCCUGAACCAGAUGAAAAGAUACAUUUUUAGAUAUGAAAAGCGCUUCAGAGGAAGAAGCAUUUUAAUCCAAGGGGACUGCUGCUGUUACUGCCAAGCCCCUCUUGUCAACAAGACCUCAAGUGGCCCAUUUCUGCUCUUCUGCUGCAAAAUACCGGAAAGAAAAGCUGAAGAGGCAAGACGGCUCUCAGAUGCACUGUGAAAACAAGAAGAGUGAGGCUCAUAAAACACCCUUAACAGGCCUUAAUGUUUUAAUGCCAACUCUUAGAGAUGUCUGCAUAGAUGAGAUUUGUUUUUACUGACUUUUGUAAUGUAGGUUUGAGAAAAAGUUUUAGCAUUUUUUUAAUGUUCUAUUUUCAAAGGAUGAGAUGAGAUUAACAAAAACAGAGCACUUUAUCAUUGGAUGCUAUUUUGCUACAAAAAAGAAGGUAGCCAUACAACUAUGCAUUAUGUUUUUUUAACUGAAACACUGCUAAUUAAGAUGUACUAACCUUUGAAGUAAUUGUAUUUUUUCACGAUGUCUUAGAGUUUGUGCUAUCAAUCUUACUUAAAAAAAUUAUUUUAGUAUGUAGAUAAUAUUUAUUUGAACUUAAUUUGUAGCUAUGGUGUAUUAGCCUGAGUGUCAUUUCAAGCUUAUUGAAAAAAGUGUUAACUAAACCAGUGUUGAAUGUGCAUGUAGAGUUAAUAUAUUCACUUAAGUGAUAAACUUGUUAAUGAAUUGAUUUUUGCCUGUUUUUAUUCUUAUUUGAAGCUAGCAACAACAAAUAUUUGCACCUUGUAACAACAAGGUUUUUUGUAUAUUUUAACAUGUAUGAUGAGUGAAGGCAUAUUGCAGUGUUUUAGGGAUUUAUUCUUUAUAAAGCAUUGAUAACAU